UGCUAUGGCAGUGGCACCCCGGGUAGCCUAGCAUGGCUAGUACAACAUGCUUCGGGCUAGUAUGGCAUUAACCCCUGCGCUGCCAGAGCCACCGUCCAGAAGCAUCUUCAGGAAGUUCUUGCUGAUGCUCUGCUCACUGCUCAUGUCACUAUAUGUCUUCUACUAUCUGGCUGAUCGCUGCCAGAGCCUUCUGCCUGUACCCACCAUUGGCUCAACUGACGAUGAGGAAGGGGGCUACCUGAAUUCUCACCUGGCAACUUGGCAGUCCGUGAAAAGGAAGAAAUUGCUGCAGAAGCUGCUGCACCAGAAACCAAAUGCAGAUGUUGAACCUCCAUGGAGUCGAGUUUUCCCCAACUUUGGAGUAACUUUGGGAUAUCCCCUGCAGGGCGGAGUGCUGCCCAAAGCUAGUCUGGAAGAGUCGGGCGUAGAGGGCACUCUCACUUCCUUGGAUGAGGGCAGCAAGAAGCUACCCCAAGCCAUAAUCAUUGGAGUGAAGAAGGGGGGCACCCGAGCGCUUCUGGAGUUUCUGAGGGUGCACCCCGAUAUCAGGGCAGUGGGGGCUGAACCUCACUUCUUCGAUAGGAACUAUGACAAGGGACUGGACUGGUACAGGGAAUUAAUGCCAAGGACUCUGGACGGUCAGAUUACAAUGGAGAAGACCCCCAGUUACUUUGUAACCAAGGAGGCGCCAGCUCGUAUUGCUGCCAUGUCGAAGGACGCCAAACUAAUUGUAGUAGUGAGAGACCCAGUGACCAGAGUUAUAUCAGACUACACCCAGACAUUGUCCAAACGGCCAGACAUACCCAAGUUUGAGAGUCUGACCUUUAAAAACAGGACUAUGGGGCUUAUUGACAUCUCAUGGAGUGCCAUCCAGAUUGGCAUCUAUGCCAAGCACUUGGAAAACUGGCUUUUGGAUUUUCCGAUUGCCCAGAUCCUUUUUGUAAGUGGGGAAAGGCUAAUCACAGAUCCUGCCGGGGAGCUGGGACGUGUUCAGGAUUUCCUUGGCCUUAAACGGAUCAUCACCGACAAACAUUUUUAUUUCAAUAAGACUAAGGGUUUUCCAUGCCUGAAAAAGGCAGAGGGGAGCAGUAAACCGCACUGUUUGGGCAAAACCAAGGGAAGGACUCACCCCAAUAUAAACCCUCAAGUUGUCCAGCGACUGCGAGAGUUCUACAGGCCUUUUAACAUGAAGUUCUAUCAGAUGACUGGACACAAUUUUGGCUGGGAUAACUGAACAAAUAUAAAGAGUUUAUAGCUAUAUUUUCUUUACAAAUAUAUAAAACACUAA